CGCUUAAACAAAGAUGGCGGUGUCAGCCGCUGUGUUCUGUUUAUUGUUCUUGUUUAAUGCCGCCACUACAAACGAAAAUACAACGAGCUACAAUUUGAACACCACGCUUGGUGACCAGAACGUCACAUUUAACUUUAUGGAAAAUGAUACAACUCCACAGCCGACAGAGUUUGAGUCAACCAGUCCGACACCGAGCUCCACCAGCACCGAGCCCCCUCAGCCCGCCGAGCCGCUGCCCGCCUCCGGCCGCCUGCCCACCACCGUCACUACCGUGGACAGUGUGUGUCCCUGUGACCUGCACGAGAGUGUGUGUGACAUCAACUGCUGCUGUGACCGAGUGUGUGCUGAGGAGCUGUCUCUGUUCACCAGCUGCUCCGUGGACAGAGUCAGUGGCAGUCAGCAGCUGUGCAGCGGGGACGUGGCGUCUUACUCUCUCCGCAUCACCAUAGACGGAUACUCAGAGCUGCAGGCGUCUGUGGGGGAGGAGCCUAACUAUGACAUCCUCUGCAUCCAAUCACAGAACCGUGUUGGUGGAUUGUCUCACCCCCCUCCUGCCCUCCCCACUGACAGCAGCUUUGACUCCCUCUUUAAAGAGUUCACCAGCUUCAUGUUUGGCUCAGAGGAGAGACAGGUGUCCUCUGCAGAGCUCCAGGACUCGUCUGGAUACCAGUAUGGGGAGGUGAUGCUGACAGCGGACAGAGGGGUGUUCCUGCUGCCAGCGGCUGCCAUCACGGCUGACUGUGUGGACAGCAGUCCUGCAGGCUUCCUGAAGGAUCAGAGCAGUGUGUGUUCCCGCCGUGUGACCCUGCAGCAGCACUGCAGCUCCCUGCCCCCCCUCAGCAUGAACACAUACACCGACAUCCAGCUGCUGGCUGGGAAGAAUGAAGACGCAGCAGUGAUUCCUGUGCAGGUGUGUUCGGUGGUGCUGCAGUCUGUGGAGGGGACUCAGACAGAGCUGCAGAUCAGUGACGGAGAAGACCUCCCCCCCGCCCUCCUGGACCCCAGCCUCUGUGCUAACGUGGUGCUGCAGGUGGCCUAUGUGAUGAAGUACAGCCCCGCUGGAGAGAUAGUGAAUGUCUCCGUGUCUCUGGUGCUAGGAUCUGUCUCUGAGGCAGAACUGACGCUGGAGCAGGAGUUUCACAUCACAUUUGUCCAGGAGGAUGGGGGGGAGGGGGCGGUCCACUCCAGUGGAAACCCAGGUUAUGUUGUUGGACUUCCUCUCGUAUCUGGAACAAGAACUGCAGAAGGGAUUGUUGGGAGCCUGGACCCCAGAGACACUCUGUCCCUCCUGCUCAGUGCGGAACAGCAGGACUGUCUGCGGGGGCCCCAGCAGCGCGCCCCCGUCCUCUUCGCUGUGGACUCUGUCUCCGGUUGCACGUUAAGACUGGAGGAUGCUGGCAACUGCUCUCUGGUCCAGCAGCUGCUGCUGGAUGUUCUGAGGGGGCCGAACCCCCCCCAGCAUGUGGCCUCCUUUAGAAACUCCCUGUUAGACUCUCCUAUGGACUGGCUGCCAAUCAAGAACAACCUCAAUCCUGGGGAAGCACAGAGUUGCAGCAUCCCAUUGUCACUUCAUUUAGAAGUUCAAUGGACCCAGUAUGGAUCCUUGGUGAACCCCCAAGCUCAGAUUGUGAGCAUCAAAGAAAUAAUCCAAACCAACACCACCAGUUUGGAAGUGUUGUCAGCAGGCAGCAGCACCCUCAGCAUCAGCAGCUCCGUGGCCUUCAUACCAGUCUCUGCUGCUGCCCUUCCUGGUUACAGAGCCACGCCCACCAUCGACGCCAAACUGCCUUUUGACUUCUUCUUCCCUUUUGUCUGACUUCCUCUUUCCUUUUUCCUAACACUUCUUCCUUUUUGUCAACAAGUACUGUUUACAUGAUGACUGUGUUCCUGUAUAUAGUAUGUUUGUAAAAAGAUAAUUUAACAAAUGUUUUUUUUUUAAUAAAAGGAAAUCACUU